UCUCGCACACAGCGUUGAUGGAGACUGUCUGUAGUAAAAUUAGCGGGCUGGAGAAACCGGCAUCUGACAUCGAGCGGCAUUGCAGUAAAGAAGCGAGCACCCAGCCCAGUGAGUUUGUAGAUUCCUAAAGACACCGGAGAUUCUUCCUACAGAUCUUGAGAAUGGUACUUUAACAGUUGUUUGUUGGCAAUAACCAACAAUGAAAAGGCGAAAUGAUUCGAAUUUGGGGGAUAAAGUUUUGGGCUUCCUGUAUUUUUAUAGCAUUCUUUUUUCUCUUGGUUACUCUCCAGGUGGUUGUUGAACUUGGUAGAUUUGAAAAACAGAAAAUAAAAAGUAUACCUUUACAAGAUCUUAAAGGAUAUAAGGAGUCCCACCCACUAUUGAAGCGAUUAGAAGACCAUAGUCUCCACAGAAGGUUAGAACAUGAAAUGGGCAGUUAUCCCAUCCUUCUUUGGUGGUCCCCAUUAACAGGAGAAAAUGGGAGACUUGCGCAGUGUGGACGGGACUUGUGCUUUUUUACAGUAAAUAGAACAUACCUGCAGCAUCCAAAGACGAAAGCUAUCCUCUUUUACGGUACAGAUUUUAAUAUUGACAGUUUACCACUUCCACGUCGUUCCUAUCAUGAAUGGGCUUUAUUUCAUGAGGAGUCUCCAAAGAACAACUAUAAGCUGUUCCAUGAACCUGCUAUCACCCUGUUUAACCAUACUGCUACAUUUAAUCGGCAUUCCCAUUUACCUUUAACAACUCAAUACUUGGAGAGCUUGCAGUCACUGAAAUCUCUUGAGUACUUUGUUACGGUGGAAAACAAAAAUACCUUAAGGAAGAGACUUGCCCCACUGGUAUAUGUUCAGUCUGACUGUGAUCCACCUUCAGAUCGCGACAGCUAUGUUGCAGAACUCAUUAAAUACAUUGCAGUGGAUUCGUAUGGUGAAUGUUUACACAAUCAAGACCUACCAGAGCACUUAAGCAAUCCAUCUUCCAUGGAACAUACAGCAUUUUACACCAUCCUUGCACAGUAUAAGUUCAUCUUGGCGUUUGAAAAUGCUGUCUGUGAUGAUUACAUAACAGAGAAGUUAUGGAGACCUCUUAAGUUGGGAGCAGUUCCUGUGUAUUAUGGUGCUCCUAAUAUUGAGAACUGGUUACCUAGCAACAAAAGUGCAAUUAUUGUGGACAGAUUUGCCCAUCCUAAGGAACUUGCAGAAUACAUCAAACAGCUCGACCAAAAUGACACACUUUAUAUGGAGUUUCUAGAAUGGAAAUUACAAGGUCACAUCAACAACGAACAGCUGGUUUCUGCUAUACAAGGCAGAAAAUGGGGAGUGCAAGAUGCCAUGCAAGACAACUAUAUUGAUGCCUUUGAGUGUAUGAUAUGUAGCAGAGUAUGGGAAAAUAUGCGCCUAAAAGAAAAGGGUUUAGAAGUCAAACAUUGGAAGGCAGAAUCUAUGCACCUGUCUUGCCCAGGCCCCAAAUCUUUUCCGUUUUUGACAGAAAGUACUUCUAAGUCCACCAUGAGGGAUAUGUGGAAACCCAGCUUUGAACAGUCUGUAAAGGAAGCCAAAGCCCUCCGAAUGCUAGUUGACAGAAACAAAAAUUUUACAACACAGGAAUUUUGGACACUUGUAUUUAAACAUUAACAGGAACAGAAUAUUGAAAAGUUGUAUUUAUUAGGUGCCCUUAUAACAUAGUAAGUAGCUUUCCCCUUUUCUAUUGAAACACGUAUCGCAAUAACAAAAUAAAUGUAAUUGUUAUCUUUAUGACUAGGUACAUAGUCUAGAUGUAACAUAAUUUUAAAAGCAAAAAUCAAGGUGCUUGUUCCUUUUAUGUUCUGUGUUUAUAGUUAUAUAUAUAUCAAUCAUGUUAAUAAUUUGCUGGUACCAAAAAACUUGCCAUUAAUUUCUGGUCUCGGUAACUUUAUUAAUGUAUUUUAUUUAUUAUUGUUUGUCAUGUUUGUUUUUUGUUUAUCUUUUCUCAAAAAGUCAAGUGAAUACAAGUUGACAGUCAAGCC